CGGUUUCACUAGUGUGUUUACACCGAUCACUACUAAUCCGGACCGAACCGAUCCGGAUUAAGGGGCCGGAGGCGGGUCCUGGGCUCCAGCGGUUCCGACCCCCCCGCCUUCCGCGCCGCACCCGAGUGGCCCCUAGCUGAGCGGGCCCCCACCUCCCGGCCGGGCCUGGGCCCUUCUGCGCCUCCCUUGGCCUUUGUCCGGCGCCAGGAGACCGGUCCCGCGCCCCCCGCGGCCGCCCGGGCCCGGGCCCGCGUCAGGCGCCUGGCUCUGUACGCGAGCCCGGGGAUCUGCGGCCUCCGAGGCCCCCCUCCCCCGCCCGCCCUCUCGUGGAGCCCGGCGCCGGCGGCGGCUGCCCGGGCGGGGGGUUGCGGCGCUCAGGAGAGGCCCCGGCUCCGCCCCGGGCCUGCCCAAGGGGAGAGCAGAGCGGUCCGCAGCCGGGUCGGGUCGGGGCCCCUCCCGGGAGGAGCGUGGAGCGGCGGCGGCGGCGGCAGCGGCGGCAGUAGAAAUGAUGGAAGAAUUGCAUAGCCUGGACCCCCGACGGCAGGAAUUAUUAGAGGCCAGGUUUACUGGAGUUGGUGUUAGUAAGGGGCCACUCAAUAGUGAGUCUUCCAACCAGAGCUUGUGCAGCGUGGGGUCCUUGAGUGAUAAAGAAGUAGAGACUCCUGAGAAAAAACAGAAUGACCAGCGAAACCGGAAAAGAAAAGCUGAACCAUAUGAAACUAGCCAAGGGAAAGGCACUCCUAGGGGACAUAAAAUUAGUGAUUACUUUGAGUUUGCUGGGGGAAGCGGGCCAGGAACCAGCCCUGGCAGAAGUGUUCCACCAGUUGCACGAUCCUCACCGCAACAUUCCUUAUCCAAUCCCUUACCGCGGCGAGUAGAACAGCCUCUCUAUGGUUUAGAUGGCAGUGCUACAAAGGAGGUGUCAGAGGAGCAGUCUGCCCUGCCGACGCUUAUGUCAGUGAUGCUGGCAAAACCUCGGCUCGACACAGAGCAGCUGGCACAGAGGGGAGCUGGCCUCUGCUUCACUUUUGUCUCAGCUCAGCAAAACAGUCCCUCAUCUACGGGAUCUGGCAACACAGAGCAUUCCUGCAGCUCCCAAAAACAGAUCUCCAUCCAGCACAGACAGACCCAGUCUGACCUCACAAUAGAAAAAAUAUCUGCACUAGAAAACAGUAAGAAUUCUGAUUUAGAGAAGAAGGAAGGAAGAAUAGAUGAUUUAUUAAGAGCCAACUGUGAUUUGAGACGGCAGAUUGACGAACAGCAAAAGGUGUUAGAGAAAUACAAAGAACGAUUAAAUCGAUGUGUGACAAUGAGCAAGAAACUGCUUAUAGAAAAGUCAAAACAAGAGAAGAUGGCAUGUAGAGAUAAAAGCAUGCAAGAUCGCUUGAGACUGGGCCACUUUACCACAGUCCGACAUGGGGCUUCGUUUACUGAACAGUGGACAGAUGGUUAUGCUUUCCAGAACCUUAUUAAGCAACAGGAAAGGAUAAAUUCACAGAGGGAAGAGAUAGAAAGACAACGAAAAAUGUUAGCGAAGCGGAAACCUCCUGCCAUGGGACAGGCCCCUCCAGCAACCAAUGAGCAGAAACAGCGGAAAAGCAAGACCAACGGAGCUGAGAAUGAAACGUUAACAUUAGCAGAAUACCAUGAACAAGAAGAAAUCUUCAAACUCAGAUUAGGUCAUCUUAAAAAGGAGGAAGCAGAGAUCCAGGCAGAGCUGGAAAGGCUAGAAAGGGUUAGAAAUCUACAUAUCAGGGAACUAAAAAGGAUACAUAAUGAAGAUAAUUCACAAUUUAAAGAUCAUCCAACGCUAAAUGACAGAUAUUUGUUGUUACAUCUUUUGGGUAGAGGAGGUUUCAGUGAAGUUUACAAGGCAUUUGAUCUAACAGAACAAAGAUACGUAGCUGUGAAAAUUCACCAGUUAAAUAAAAACUGGAGAGAUGAGAAAAAGGAGAAUUACCACAAGCAUGCAUGUAGGGAAUACCGGAUUCACAAAGAACUGGAUCAUCCCAGAAUAGUUAAGCUGUAUGAUUACUUUUCACUGGACACUGACUCGUUUUGUACAGUACUAGAAUACUGUGAGGGAAAUGAUCUGGACUUCUACCUGAAACAGCACAAAUUAAUGUCGGAGAAAGAAGCCCGAUCCAUUAUCAUGCAGAUUGUGAAUGCUUUAAAGUACUUAAAUGAAAUAAAACCUCCUAUCAUACACUAUGACCUCAAACCAGGUAAUAUUCUUUUAGUAAAUGGUACAGCGUGUGGAGAGAUAAAAAUCACAGAUUUUGGUCUUUCCAAGAUAAUGGAUGAUGAUAGCUACAAUUCAGUGGAUGGCAUGGAGCUAACAUCACAAGGUGCUGGUACUUACUGGUAUUUACCGCCAGAGUGUUUUGUGGUUGGGAAAGAACCACCAAAGAUCUCAAAUAAAGUUGACGUCUGGUCAGUGGGUGUGAUCUUCUACCAGUGUCUUUAUGGAAGGAAGCCUUUUGGCCAUAAUCAGUCCCAGCAAGACAUUCUACAAGAAAAUACUAUCCUCAAAGCUACUGAAGUGCAGUUCCCGCCAAAGCCAGUAGUAACACCUGAAGCAAAGGCGUUUAUUCGACGAUGCUUGGCCUACCGAAAGGAGGACCGCAUCGACGUCCAGCAGCUGGCCUGUGACCCCUACUUGCUUCCUCACAUCCGAAAGUCGGUCUCCACGAGUAGCCCUGCUGGAGCUGCUAUCGCGUCAACCUCGGGGGCGUCCAAUAACAGUUCUUCGAAUUGAGACUCACUCCCAGCCACAGACUGUUCGACACACAGAGUGGACAAAUGGCGUUCAGCAGCGGGUUUGGAACAUAGCGAAUCCAAAUGGAUCUCAUGAAACCUGUACCAGGUGCUUUUAUUUUCUUGCUUUUUUCCCAUCCAUAGAGCAUGACAGCAUCGAUUCUCAGUAAGGAGAAACCUCGGGCAGCUCUGGCCAGGCCUCGUAGGAAAAGGCCCCGCCCAAGGUUCCGGCGUCAACGGCCACUGCGUGUGGCUGCUCUGAGUGAGGAAAAAAUUAAAAAGAAAAACUGGUUCCAUGUACUGUGAACUUGAAAACAUGCAGACUCAGGGGGGUCCCUGAUGCAGUGCUUCAGAUGAAGAAUGUGGACUUGAAAAUACAGACUGGGCUAGUCCAGUGUCUAUAUUUAAACUUGUUCUUUUCUUUUAAUAAAGUUUAGGUAACAUCUCCUGAAAAGCUUGUAGCACAAAGGCUCGGCUGGGGAUGGUGUUUGACUUCGGAGGAAAAAAGUUGCUAUUGCCCGUUAAAGGCACUAGAGUUUAGUGUUUUAUCCCUAAAUAAUUUCAAUUUUUAAAAAACAUGCAGCUUCCCUCCCCCCCUUUUUUAUUUUUGAAAGAAUACAUUUGGUCAUAAAGUGAAACCCGUAUUAGCAAGUACGUGGCAAUGUUCAUUCCAAUCAGAUGCAGCUUUCUCCUCCGUCUGGUCUCCUGUUUGCAAUUGCUUCCUUCAUCUCAGUAGGGAAAAAAUUGAGUGGGAGUACUGAGAUGUGUGGGGUUUUGCCAUUGGACAAAGAAUGAGAUUAGAACUCUGCAGCUUGGAGUCUCUCUAGGUUUUCAACUAUUUCUUCACAAUUUGAACACUUGACGGUUGUCCCUUUUAAUUUAUUUGAAGUGCUAUUUUUUUAAAUAAAGGUUCAUCUGUCCAUGCAGUCCUCUUGGAUUCUCUGAAUGUAGUAACCAUUGAAACUGUUCCAAAGGCAGGCAGAACUCAGGCUGGGGAGCCAGUGCUCCAGGGAGCAGGGGUUCCCACCCUCAGACCCCGUGCACUUGCUGAACGGUGUGCGUUUCUCGUUAACAGUGACUUUAAAACUUGAUCAGCACAUAAGCUUUCCUCUGUUAGAUCUUUUGGCAGGAAACAACCUCCAGCCACCUGAAUUAUGUGGGUAUGUGCUGGGGUGUGUGUGUGUGUGUGUGUGCGUGCGCACACGCACACACACACACACACACACACACACACUUUGUCUAACUCACUUUAAUAGAUUCAUUGAGUGAAGUUAAAAAAUAAUCUCAAAGGAAGUAGGUAUUUCAAAUAUGAACAUUCUUUUGGAACUUUUUCUUUUUUUAAUGUGGUUGUUUCUGAGAUGGAUGAUCAGCUGAAGAUAGAGCUGAAAUGGGAGCUGCGUGGCCCCACCAUGCCCUUGAAACAGCAGAACACUCGACAGUAGAAGGGGGAAGGAGGCCAGAGUCUGAACAUGUGGUAGCCAGCUUGGAAUGUUACUGACAUAUGUGGCAAGAGGGCUCAGCCAGAAAUAUUUAAAGAUGCAGCACUCAGGCAUGCGAGUUGCCUGGGCAAGGGGCGGGCUGGGGGCCGGCGGUGGCGGCAGUCAGGAAGGGUAGAGAGCACUCAAAUGACUCACAACUAGUAUUUCUUUUACAUGUGAAGAAUGCCAGUAGUGACACAUUCUCCAGGACCUUUAUGGACCUGCCCCAUUCCCCAGUGUCAGGCUAUGUUAAGGGAGGAUGGAGUGUUCCAGAUUAGAGAGAGGUUCAUGGGCAGGUGUUGUCAUGUGGAACUCUGAAGGGAAGGAAGUCAGCUCCUGAGUGCUUAUUGCCCCCCAGCUUUCCAAAGCAAUCUUAUUGCAAUAUAUAUAUUUACACACAUGUGUGUAUAGUAUCUUUUUCUUCUUUAACCAUUACUUUCAAGCUGCUAAGCAGAGUACCCAUGGGGUCUCAAAGGUUGAGCACAACACUGUAAGGAUGGUGUCUACAUAGGUGAAGAGAUGAAUGAAGUUGAGACCAUGUUUAAACUUACUCAAGACAAUAAGUUCUAUUCCUCUUUUCUUCUCUCUCAUUCAGUGAUCUUGAAGAGUUGUGUUUUGUUUAAUUUCUAACUUUCUUCAUGUUGAAGGGAUGCUGCAUCUUUAAGCCUUCCCUCUAAUUUCCUGCCUCCUUUCCCCCAGGUUCUUAUGAGCCAAGGUGUAGGACUGUAUUUGGUGAUCUGUCUUUUCUGCCCUCAUCCUGAAGAAGGGGUGCCCUCUCUUCGUGCUCUUAUUGGGCCUAGGGCUUGGCUGGAACUGCCUGGGCUUGGUUGAGUCUGGGCACGGCCUCUUUCCAAUGCAUGGAUAAGCCCCGGCGGCAGGCAGAAUGGUGACCUUUUCUAGACUUGUAAGUAGCCAGUGAAAUCACUAAGUGGAGUUCUUCCAUGACAUAUUUUGUUAAUAUGGGUUUCACUUUUUCCAAGGAUAAUCCCUUAUUGCCACAAUGUUGAUUUCCUUUAAACAAUGACAAAAAAAAAAAUGUGUAUUAAUUUGUAAUUAUCCCAGCCAGACUGUUUUGGCCUUUCCCAAUUUGGGGGGUGGGGAGGAUAUUAAAAUAAGUUUUAAGAAGUGA